AAGCGAUUCCCUAUCUCCCAACAUACACUACAGCCCACCAUGUCGAAAGCUAUUCUGUCCAUCCAGUCAAAUGACUCCACAAAGACCAAGGCCACGGUCAAUCUGCUGCCUUGUCGUAUUCAUCACGAUGGUCCUGUCGGCGACGCCAACACAUUCUGGAACCCUUCCAAGUCAGAAGAUGGCAAAACAGUAGCGUACUUCCGCGGCAGAAAGCUCUACGGCACGAAAGUCAAGUUGCCAGAACAAUACCGAGGCGUAGUGAUGGAGAGGAGCGCAAAGGUCGAGACGCAGCAGCUCGAAGGAGAGGACGAAGAGGCUGAGGGCGACCUGGUCGAGCUGGGUACCAUGGAAACCAAGGCAGAGUUCGACGAGAUGGUUAUCUGGGGCCACGAGGCGAGUGCAGAGGCGGCGUCUGAUCCGUACGCGAGGAGUAUUGAAGAAUGGCUUGGUGUGGCUGAGUCGAUACACUCUUAUUCUUCAGACGAUAACAAGACUGGUGCGUAAACAGUCAAGGAGGCACGGAUUACGGCUAGG